CUGGGCCUCGGUUGUUUUCUGUCACUUUUUUCCAGGAACGUCAGUGUUUUUGUUGUCAGUCAUCCAUCUUUUCUCUUGCAAGUUCAAUAUUCCUCCAGAUUCCCACCCCACGUCUUACAUACGUCUUACUCACCUCUCCCUCUUGGUCUGCCUCACUACUCGUGUCCCUCAACGACCCAGACACAGAGAUAAAGAUGUCCUGGACGUAUGCAACCCUCCUGGCUCUCCUGGGUGUGCUUCUUGCACUUUCCUUGUCUCCAGAGGCUGACUCGGCAGCUGUGCCCAGCAGCACAGGCAGCGCUAAAGACCCACAAGGUCCGCUGAAGAAGAUCUUCAUGAAGGAGGCCGAUGCCUCAAACUUCUUCAGAAGACGCAGCAGACGGGGGGUGAAGUCUCAAGAUGAGAUUAACGCUGAGCAGAGGCAGAUUCUGGCAGCAGAUGAACGAAAGAGAGAGUUUCAUGAGGAGAAGAGGAACGAGUUUGAGAGCUAUGCUGAAGAGGAGCACGAUGAACAAGACGAGAGGACCAGAGAGAGCACCGAGCAGUGGAGGGAGUUCCACUAUGACGGCAUGCAUCCCCCCCAAGAGUACAACCGUCACUCCAUCUGAGACUGAGAGGAGAGAGGUGAUGCUGUAAACUGACAGGAUGCCGAGCUAAUAAAAAAAUCUUUUAACUACACAACACUACACUUGAGGCUUUUCUCCUCAGACCUUGACAAGUAUACGGUUGAUAGAUCAGAACGAGAAUUGCAGACAUAUUGGACUCCUGUAAGUGUAAAAGUCGUAAAAGUAAUAAUAAUUGGAAUUUUGUUUCCAUUUUAUUCAUCCAUCUCGUCUUUUUUACUAACCCAAAAUGUAGAAAAGUAACCUUGUUGAAAUGGUAAAUCUUUCCCUUUGCCAGAAAUAAAAGACACAUUUAAGGAAGGUAAAAAAAUACAGAAAUAACCAUUUUAUAUGUUAUGGGCUAUAGAUGAGCAAAUAUAAGUCCCUUUCUUUUAGGGUUGCAGCUAGCAAAUAUUAAUUAUCAAUUAAUUGAUUAAUCAAUUAGUCUAUAGAAUGUAAAAAAAGGCCAGUCAUUUCCCAAAACCCAGGUUGACUUUAUUAAAUCGCUUACUUUGUCUGACCAACAGUCAAAAACCAAAGAUAGUCCAUUUACAAUUAUAGUGGUCUAAGAAAACCAGCAAAUAUUUACAUUUUAGAAGCUGUAACCAGUCAAUUUUGGUGAUUUUGCUUAAAUAACUUAAAUAGAUAUAAACAUAAAUAGAGAACAUACUGAUGUUUGGGGUCAAUUAGAGCCUAUAAAGGGUCCUGAUAGACUAAUAAAUUGUUGUCAAACUCCAAUAAUGGAAAUCUAAAUAGACUUAUUUAGAAUUAUGGAGGUCAGUCAACAGCAAUCACAAAUAUAAAGAAGGUGCAUCAAAUCCAACAGCUGUGGUCUCUGAGAGCCCAAACAGAAGUAAUGCAUCAUCUCCUGUAGCAGACUUCUAUAACAGGUCAUCACGUCCAAAUCAUGUUUAUAAGCAAUUCUCAUAAAAGCAGGAAAAGCCAUGAAACAUCAAGCUGAUAAAACAACAUUAAAGGGAUAGUUUGGGUUUUUUUAAACCAGGGCUGUGUGAGGUACUCAUCCAUAAUCAGUGUCCAGUAGACAGAGGUCAGCGUGUCACCAGUUUGUAGAAGCUGAGUCCCGGCCAGUAAAGAAGCAGAACAACGCACUGCUCAGUACAGCUGAAAAACAUAUUUUAGCCACAUAAUAAAACUCUAACCUUAAAAAAAAUCAAUAUAAGUUUAUCAUUAAGAACAUUUUCACUGCUUUACCUUGAUCAGACAACCCUUUCCUUUCCCUUCCUUAUUUUAUACAUUCAUUUCAUAUUAAACAAGCCUUUGUUUUAGAGACGCAUCUAUAAAUUAUUCUCUGACCUGAAUGUGAGUAGUUGUAAAACCUUAAUAAAUGAGGUUGUUCUGUCAGCUGUCUUUCAGUCUCCAUCAAAGUGGAUCAGUGACCCAAUAUAGUGGCCAGAUACUGCUUACCCAAACAUCUACACACGUUUAAAUCACCAGGUAACGUUAGGCUAAUUGCUGUCCGUACAUAACCUGUUAAUAACCAAAGCUAACUUUAGCUAUCCAUAAAUUGUAACUGUCACAAGCAACAUUUAUUUUAAUCUGUGUACCUUAUGUGCCUUAAAUCACACAGUGAAACAGUGCCUUUCAGGAAGUUGCAAUGUUGCAAUCGUGAACUGAACCCAGCCUUACAAUUUUGUCCAAUCAUCGCAAACUUUUUGACAAUGAUCAUAGUAGUUUCAAAAACCCAAAACGUUGAGCCGCACGUCACCAAACUCACUUUCUAAGAUACAGACCAUGCAGACAUGUGCAAUGUGAACAUCUCACAUUUAUCCUCAAAUCAGUGAUUUUAGUCUUGCCUUUCGAAUUUUAAUGAAUUCUACAAACUAUUUUAGCAAUUUUCACUUUUUUGAAAAGCUGCUGUGAAAUGAGGCAUUUUAGGUCACAGCAAUCCCAAGAAGGCCCACAAACUCCUGGAGGCUCUGGUGAAGGCUUUGGUUGUUAGCAUGGUUGUUUCUAGUUUCACUGUAGUUUCUCAUGUUAACAUAUGUGAAAGCACCAUCCUUUCCCUCAAAAGGGGGCCUAGCCUUGGCACUAGGGGCAUGAUGACGUACCUCAUACCACCACACUUCAAAAAAACCAGAACUAUCCCUUUAAGUAUGUUUUUAUGUUUUUUGAAGCUGUUGAGGAGAUUUAAGGUUAAAAAGAUGUUGAAUAAAUUGAAUACACAGUACCAGACGCAGAAUAGUGUGAAUAUACUGUAUUUACUCAUAUAUAUUAUACGCUAUAUAUUUACUCACUUGUGAUGACAUAGUUAAAUAUUUUAACAUAAACAUUUAAAAAUCUGUAUCCAGUGAUAUUUGUUACUGUAAGAAACGUGUACAAACUUUUACUAACCUGAUAUUUACUCCUUCAAAGAAGCAACGACACAUGCAAACAAGCCUCUUUUUUAAUACAUGAAUUUCUACAACUCCAAAAGCACAUUUCUGUAAUAAUAUGUAAUACAUGCAUACUGUGGGGCUUUAAAUGCUUAAUUUGCUUUGCUUUCUGUUGAUGUAUUUUGGGGAAAUAAUAUAGGGAAGGCCAAAAUAAACACUCAAGACCCAA